CCUCAACUCCUCAAUACCCAUCUCCUUCUCCAUAUCUAUCUCUCUCUCCUUCCACACACAACUAAAGGCUUUUCUCUCUCAAGAACCCAAAAAUGGCUAUAAUGAAGAAAUCUUCAAAACUCACUCAAACAGCAAUGCUGAAGCAGAUUCUGAAGAGAUGUUCUAGCUUAGGGAAGAAAAAUGGAGGAGACUACGAUGAAGAGUGCCUUCCACUCGAUGUACCAAAGGGACACUUCCCUGUCUAUGUGGGAGAAAACAGAAGCAGAUACAUUGUCCCAAUCUCCUUCUUGACUCACCCUGAGUUCCAAACUCUUUUAACCCGAGCUGAAGAAGAGUUUGGAUUCGAUCACGACAUGGGUCUCACCAUUCCUUGUGAUGAACUCGUCUUUCAGACCCUAACCUCAAUGAUCCGAUGAUAUCUUCAGUUAAAUCAUUUGAAGAAGAAGCAGAAGGAGAUGGUUAAAGAAAAAGAAGACGCUUAUCGUUACAAAAAAAUAGCACUCUUCUCUUAUUUAAGUUUUUUUUUCUUCUAUUUUAAGCCCAUCUAGGGUUUUUUACGAGUUAAUUUACUCGUCUAACAAGAAAGAAACCCGUAUGAGAUAGAGAUUAUAUGGGUUUAGAUCUGUAAAAAGAAGCAUGUAAUGUUUUCCUCGCAGAUUUUGAUUUUGUGAGAGAAGUUGAUUAAUGCAAGAAAAAGUAUUCUUCGACCUGUUUA